AUGGUCAGUUUAAAUGCACAACAUGGUCGAAGUGUAGGAGGUAUCUCCUUCGAUGACCGAUCAUUUACUACAGCUGAUGAGGCUGUACAUGAAAAUACACCCCUCAUUGAUAAUUUGGAACAACCUUAUCGACCGAUUCGAACAACUGGUUUUAUUGUGAUACAUAUUCUUCUUACGAUUACUUUUAUGACGAGUAUUGCGCUGUUUCCAUCUAUAAUUUGUCCUGAUAAUUCCUAUAAUGCUACUUCAGUAAAAUGUAAUAAUCAUUCUGGUUAUAAUAUGGCGUUAUAUAUUCAUGCAGGUAGUUAUUUUGUUAGUCUUGGUUUUGAUCGUUUAUAUCAUCAUUAUCAAGAUUUAUCACGACGAGAUGGUUAUCUUGAAUUUUAUCGUCAAACACGAAAUUUAAGACGUACACCAUUGUUUAUUAUUUCAACAGGAAAUGCAAUUCUUGUUGCUUUAAUUGAACUACUUGAAAAUUAUCGAGAUGAUUUAGCAAGAUUAAAUGUGAAAUUAUAUCCAUGGCAUUUUCUUGUUAUACUUACUUCAGUUGAAGUAUCCAUUAUAUUAACUGCACUUUUAUGGUAUCUGGUUCUUACAAUUAAAUUUAAUCAUCGACGAGCACGUCCAGAUGCAACACAUGAAGAUUUACUUUCAAGUUUUGUUACAUCACAAACAUCAGCUAAUGAAAUUGGUUUUCGUGAUGAAACUUAUAGAGAAAAUGUUCUAGAAAAACAAGCUGAUUUAAUUCGAUACUUACGUGAACGUAAUGAACAAUUAGGUCGUCUUGUUCUUAAUUUUAAACAACAAGUUGAUGUUCAACAAAACGUUAGAAAUCAUAAUUAA